AUUGCACUUCAACGCACCACAUCAUCCUUCAAACCCCUCCCCUGUCUCACGGGGUUGCGACAUUAGGAGGAACUCUUAUUUCCCCUAGAAAAGAAAGCGUUGUGCAACAGUUUUUUUCUCUACUUAUUCUCGACGUAGAAAACGCGCUAACAGGUGCGAACCUAAGAUUUCCUCACAAUGAGUGUGUCCCAGACAAUGGAGACAGAAGAGGACCUCCUGACAUGCCUCCGCAUUAAGUUCUACCACCCACAGCAGCAACGCAAAGGUCUUUACAGUCUGCUUCCACUGGGAAACAGAAGCAAACAUUUGGCAGAUGAGUUUGUCCGCUUGGGGCGGGAUGCCCAGUCUUGCACCUUUGCCUUGGCUGACGCCCGGGUCUCUCGCAAACAAUUGGCCCUGCAAGCUUACCGCACAGCCGAUAGCCCAGACUUGCUGUUCAGCCUCCAGAAUCUGUCUCAGACAGUCAAAGUGUCCGUGAACGGCACAGGCCUGGACUUUUUGGAAAGGGCGGAUCUCCCGAGCAAGGCCCUGGUCCGUUUCGCCGAGUACGAGAUUUUGAUUAUCAGGGAGGCCGGUGAGGCCAAGCAGAGUUUCGAGGUGGAGCUGGAAGUGCUUUCCGUUCCUCCUUCCAGAGAGACUGGCACAAUGCCCAGUACCUCGCCCAUCAUGGACACGGGCGGAUCUUUGAUAUCCCACCAAGAAGUUCACGUCCCAUUGGAGACAGAUGAGACACUCAUGUUCAGCUGACUGAACAAUUCACCAUCUUUUGGGACAUCUGAUACGCUGUCGUUUUUUUUUAAAGCAUCUAUGCAGUAGUUUUAUACUAACCGGGGUGGAUGUUAUGUACUAGCAGUGCUCAAAAUUUUAAAAAAAUGUUAUUUUAACCUUAUACUCAUGCCAACACUCAUUUAAAGCACUGAAGUGGCAAUUUGUGACAGUUACCAUUGACAUUUUUCUGCCAUUUCACCGCCCCCCCCCCAAAAAAAAUAAUCAUUCACCAUUAUUGAAUGUGAGCACAUCUUUAUCUACACAGAGGACAAAGAGCAGUCAUAAAAAAACAACAUAUCAAAUCUUAAAAAGUGAACAUUGUCCAUCAACCUCCAAACGGUGCAAUAAAAUAUU